UCUUCCGUGUUUCAGGUCGCCCGAAGCACAAGCACUUUGCCCGGAGCUGUGGCCUCCUGCCUCGUGAUGUUCGGGGAUGACGAUCCGGACUCCUCGCGGAAGAGGAAGCUGGACGGGUCCGGCGACAGCUCCCAGGACGGCGACGCUGCCCAGCCCAGUAAGAGGCGGCGGCCAUCUGCGGCCAGCGACUCUGACCGAGAGGGGGCAGAGCCAAACUGGGAGAAGCAGGAAGCCAUGGUGAAGAGGCUGCAGAGGAAGUUCCCCGACCUGGACAAAGAGGAGCUGCGUGCUGUCCUUGAGGAACACGACUGGGACUGCGACGAUGCCCUGGAAGUGCUUCGCCUGUUCUCAGACCAAGAUGAGGAGUCCAGCUCCCCAGAGGCCCAGGAGAAGAAGCCCAAAGCCGCCCGGAGCUCCAGAGAUGCCCGGCCGAGCGACGCCCGCCCCCCGAAAGGCGGCAAACGGGCCGCCGCCACCGGCGGCGCGGGCGCUGGGGACGGCCGAGCGUCUGAGCUCUCGGGGUGGCUGACCUCCGAAAGCGCGGCGAAGCGUACCCUGCCCCCGCCAGCGGUGGGGAAGGCCCAGAACGGGAUUGGCCCGGGGAAGGCCCAGAACGGGACCGGCCCGGGGAAGGCCCAGAACGGGAUUGGCCCGGGGAAGGCCCAGAACGGGACCGGCCCGGGGAAGGCCCAGAACGGGCCCGCCACAGCGAAGGCGCAGGCGGCAGAGCGGAGGCGGCGGGCGGAGGAGAGGAUGGCGGCGGACGGCAGCUCCGCGGACGAGGACUCGGCCGACAGCGAGUUCGGGGGUUCCUCGGAGGAGGAGGAGGAGGGGCUGGACUCGGACUGCGAGGACGGGGUGGGCCCCCAGCUGAGAGGCCGGAUCCUGGCCUUCUUCCAGGAGGCGUCGCUGGACGAGCUCUCCCUCAUCUCUGGCUGCUCGGUGAAGAAGGCCCAGAAGAUCGCCGAGCUGCGGCCCUUCAGGGUGUGGCGGGACCUGGAGGAGGUCUUCCACAAGGCGAACGGCCUCUCCAUGGAGCUGGUGUGGGGCUGCCGCCUGGUGCUGAAGGAGCGGGAGGUGGUGCUCGGCCUCAUGGGAAAGUGCGAGACCAUCGCCCGCCGCAUGAUGGAGGACGUGACCCGGGUCAUCGAGAAGGGCGUGGGCUCCAUGAAGCAGCCCUCCGUCCUCAACAGCAGACUCCAGCUGAAGCCGUACCAGCUGAUUGGACUGAACUGGCUGGUUCUGCUGCACCAGCACAAGCUGAGCGGCAUCUUGGCGGAUGAGAUGGGUUUGGGGAAGACGAUCCAGGCCAUCUCCUUUCUGGCCAGCCUGUACCAGGACGGCAACACGGGCCCCCAUCUCAUCAUUGUGCCCUCCUCUACCCUGGAUAACUGGGUGAGGGAGCUGAAACUGUGGUGUCCCAGUUUGGCGGUGCUCGUCUACUACGGGUCCGCGGAAGACCGCAGGUACCUGCGCCACGACAUCCUCAGCAAGGAGGUGGAGUUCAACAUCAUUGUGACCACGUACAACACUGCGAUUGGGAACGAGUACGACCGGAGUCUGUUCCGGAAGCUUCGGCUGGAGUACGCCGUGUUCGACGAGGGCCACAUGCUGAAGAACAUGAACUCCAUGCGCUAUCGCCACCUCAUGGCCAUCAACGCUCAUUACCGCCUCCUGCUGACGGGGACCCCCCUGCAGAACAACCUGCUGGAGCUCAUGUCCCUGCUCAACUUCAUCAUGCCCACCAUGUUCUCCAGCAGCACCUCGCAGAUCGCCAAGAUGUUCUCCAUGAAAUCUGCGGAGGAAAAGAGCAGCUUCGAGCAGGACAGGAUCGCUCACGCCAAGCUCAUCAUGAAGCCCUUCAUCCUCAGGAGGGUGAAGAGUGAGGUGCUGAAGCAGCUGCCGGACAAGGAGGAACGGCUGGAGUUCUGCCCCAUGAGCGAGAAGCAGCAGGAGCUCUACUCCGCCCUGUUCCAGAGGUCGAAGCGCUCGGCUAGCGCUGAGAAGCGGGUGCUUCUCAACGUGAUGAUGGCGCUGAGGAAGAUGGCGAACCACCCGCUGCUGCACAGGCAGUACUACACCGCCGAGAAGCUGGCCGUCAUGAGCCGCCUCAUGCUCAAGGAGCCCUCCCACCGCGACUCGGACCCCGCCCUCGUCCAGGAGGACAUGGAGGUGAUGUCGGACUUCGAGCUGCACCGGCUGUGCCAGCAGUACCCCGUCCUCUGGGAGCACCAGCUGGACAGCGAGAGGCUGCUGGACUCGGGCAAGUUCAGGCUGCUCACCACCCUGCUGGCCUCCCUCAAAGAGCAGGGCGACCGCGUGGUUCUGUUCAGCCAGUUCACCAUGAUGCUGGACCUGGUGGAGGUGCUGAUGACUCACCUGAGCCACCGCUACGUGCGGCUGGACGGCUCAGUCCCCAUGGCCGACAGAAUCGGCCUGAUCGACCAGUUCAACACGGACCCCGACAUCUUCGUCUUCCUCAUCUCCACCCGGGCGGGGGGCCUGGGCAUCAACCUGACCUCCGCCAACGUGGUGAUCGUGCAUGACAUCGACUGCAACCCCUACAACGACAAGCAGGCCGAGGACCGCUGCCAUCGGGUGGGCCAGACCAGGACGGUGAAGGUGAUUAAGCUGAUCAGCAGGGACUCCAUAGAGGACUGCAUGCUGCGUUUGGGCCAGAAGAAGCUCAAGCUGGAGCAGGACAUGACCGCCGCCGAGGAAGGUGGUGAGGGUUCGAUGCCAGAGAACAUGGCGUCCCUACUGAAAACGUCUCUGGGACUGUAAGCUCUCCAUAACCCCCCUCAACCCCAACCACUACCAGUACUGUAUUAACUCCAAACCCCCCGGCUCCCCCCCCCUCCUCCUGGCCUAGACCACAUUCCGGGAGACACCUCCCACCCCACGGGUGGACUGGCACCAGCCGUUGGGACGCCCCUAUCCGACCUCCCUCCCCCCAGGUUUUCUGCACUACAGCAUGAACUGAGCAGAGGCAAGGGGGACUCAGGGGGGGGGGGGUUAUUUGUGUUUGUAUCGUAAUCGUUGAUGCUAAACAUCUUGUUGUCGUUUUUUUUGUAUUUUUUGACCUUUAUUUACUGUGCUGCUAGAACAAAGUUUUGCGAGUUUAAAACUGUCUAAUAAAGAUUUCACAUUAAUGGA